CGUAGUGAAGUCACCACUAGAGCAACCUUUCUCGUUGACCUCGGCCGAAUGUUCUGCUAGUAUCUGCUAAUUUGGCUCACAUGCAAGAACUUUCAGCAGGGUCGCCCCCGCUGAAAGUCCGUAUAACGCCGUCUGUGUCCUCCGUGUUUCCGGACAUAGAGCGUAAUCACGAGCAAACUUGCUCCGUAGCACCUUCCGUGUAGGUCGUAGCAGUGUUUUGACAAGUCCUAUUGGUGGAAUCACAUGUCUCAUUCGUACCGCGUCGGUCUUACUGGGUCACCACUAAAUAGAAUCUUGCCUUUAUCUUUUAACAACAGUCCAUAUCCUAUUCCUGCAACCGUCAUUCACCCUCCUAUACUGCAAUGACAAUCGCUGAGCGCGCCGCUUUCCAGGCUGAGGUCGCCGAGGUCGAACGCUGGUUUCAGAGCCCACGCUUCGCUAGAGUGAAGAGGCCAUACACCGCCGCUCAGGUCGUCGCGAAGCGGGGUACUAUCCCGAUCAAGUAUCCUUCCGAGAUUCAAGGAAAGAAGCUCUUCGCCCUGCUUUCUGAGCACGCCAAGAAUGGUACACCGUCGCACACAUAUGGAGCUCUAGACCCCGUACAGGUUACCCAAAUGGCCAAGUACCUCGAGACGGUAUAUGUUUCUGGUUGGCAAUCCUCCAGCACGGCUUCGUCUACCAACGAACCCGGCCCCGAUCUUGCAGAUUACCCCUCGAAUACAGUUCCCAACAAGGUUGAGCACCUUUUCAUGGCACAGCUCUUCCAUGAUCGUAAGCAACGCGAGGCUCGCUCGAAUAUGUCCGAGGCAGAGCUUGCUGCGACCCCGUCCAUUGACUAUCUUCGUCCACUUGUUGCCGAUGCCGAUACUGGACAUGGUGGCCUCACUGCAAUUAUGAAGCUUACAAAGAUGUUCGUCGAAAAGGGUGCAGCUGGUGUUCAUGUCGAGGACCAAGCGCCUGGGACGAAGAAGUGCGGACACAUGGCGGGCAAGGUUCUUGUGCCUAUAGCUGAGCACAUCAACCGCCUCGUUGCCAUCCGACUUCAAUACGACAUCAUGGGCGUGGAGAACUUGGUCAUUGCACGGACCGAUUCAGAAGCCGCUACCCUGAUUACCUCAAACAUUGAUGAUCGUGACCACCCCUUCAUUUUCGGCUCCACAAACCCAGAUCUUCCCCCUCUUGUGAAUGUUAUGACCGACGCCGAGAAUGCCGGAAAGUCUGGCGAUGAUUUACAGGCGGUUGAAGACGCUUGGACUGCAUCCGCAAAUUUGCAGUUGUUCUCAGAGACAUUGGCUAGUGCCUUGGUUGCACAAGGUGCAUCGAAUGCUACCGUUGAUCGAUUCAUAUCCCGUGUGGCGCAAUCGUCAUUCCCUCAAGCAGUAGUCAUUGCACAGAGAGAAUUUGGUCUCAAAUCUGUACCUUACUGGAACUGGGAUACGCCUCGAACCCGGGAAGGGUACUACCGCUACCAAGGUGGCACCCAGUGCGCGAUUCGGCGGUCUAUUGAGUACGCACCAUUCGCCGAUGCCCUUUGGAUGGAAACAAAGAAACCGAUCUUGUCCCAAGCCCGCGAGUUUGCAAACGGGGUCCAUGCUGCACGCCCAGGUCACUGGUUGGCGUACAACCUCAGCCCUUCAUUCAAUUGGGAGGCCGCUGGUUUGAAUUCUCAGGAUAUGAAAGGUUUCGUCUGGGAGCUAGGUAAACUUGGCUUCGUCUGGCAAUUUAUCACGCUCGGCGGCUUGCACUCCAAUGCAUACAUAAGCGACCUCUUCGCUCGUUCGUAUGCGAAGGAAGGUAUGAAAGCCUAUGUAGAGAUUGUCCAGAGCAAAGAGCGGGAGAUUGACUGCGAUGUCUUGACGCAUCAAAAGUGGAGUGGUGCCGAUUACGCAGAUAAUCUCAUAAAGACUGUCACUGGUGGCGUAUCAUCCACCGCAGCGAUGGGCAAGGGUGUCACCGAAGACCAAUUCAAGGCCAAACUGUGAUCACUGCACUCAUGGUCAUCUUAGAGCACAUUUCAUUUUCAUCGCAUUUACAAAAUCUACGAAUACAUCAUGAUUAUCAUUUGUCCGGAACCCUUUUGUAGUUUUAUCUUUUUUUGCCAGUGACUACAAAGUAAUGGUUGGAUUAUGCAUUUCUUAUCGGCAGUUGCCGAUCACUCUCAUA